AUGGUAAUCUCUCUGCGCAGCCGUUAUGGGCAAGAAUCGGUAACGCGUGAACAUACAAUUUUAGUUACUGCCCGUUCAAAAUGGUGCUCUCGAUAUCAUCGCGAAAUCUCGCGCGCACGGACAUUUAUAACCAAUCCCCUUUUCGCGCGUCCACACACAUCAUGGAGAACUCCAUACCACCCAUCGCCACUUGUUAUCCGAAGACCUAACAAAACGUUCAAAACGCUUUUUCCGACGACCGGCAACGGCUCGCGAAUUCAUGUAGCUAACAAAGAGCACAAACAAUUGUUUUUCCUGGAAGAACGCGUCUUCUUCACAAUUAAAAAUUCUCACUCGUAA